CUGCUCUCGUGCUGAUUGCGGUGACGUUCACACCUGAACUAAAAUAUAUAAGCAAUAAUCUGCGUUAUCGGCAACUAUAAAUGAUCUCCCAGCUGUAUCUGCCUUCCUCCGCAGCAUUUAGACGCGCUGACGUACAGCUGCUUCAGGAGGAGCGCCUAACUUUCUUUAUCACUCAUUCCUAUUUAAGCCAUUGGGAGAAGAAAUUCUGCAAAUCGGACGUCUUGUUUUCCCCUCCACUUUGCAUCGGUCCAACCUCCAGAAAACGCAACGAUGGUAGCGCUUUGGAGCGUUUUUAUCAUCCUGGCAGCAGCGCCUUGUUUUCUGCGCUGCUCUGAAAAACCUGCAUUAGUUGGGAAAAUGUAUCCGAGGGGCAAUCACUGGGCUGUAGGUCAUUUAAUGGGAAAGAAGAGCUUGCCUGAAAAGCAGCAGGUAAAUCUUGACUAUAUCACACUUUCACAAUCGGACAGAAUCGUUGACCAGGACCAAACUGUGAAGGCUCUGUCACCAAAAAAACAGCUAACAAUACUACAGCUUCUUCAUAACAACAAGAGAAGAGAAUAUAAAGGAAAAUAUCUCCAAGAGAUGUUACACCUAUUUCUCCUGGCUUUGAAACUCCAAGACAAUGAAUCCUCCUGAAGAAAAGACAGACUUGGUUGGAAACGCUGCUUCUGACGUCUACUUUCUCUGUAAUAACAAAAUGACCAUGUAUAAACUGUGCUAGACACAAACAUUUCAGUUUUCAGUUAUUUACUAUUUUUACUCCCGCAAAAUAAAGGUUUCUACUACUUACUGACCGACAAGAACGUGUCACAGAAAGUGAGAAUCUGAAAUAAAUUAAAAAUUAUACUUGCAUUGUGGAUGUCGGAUCAUGCUUUGCACACAGCAAGUCGCUAUCUUUUGCUUCAAGAAUGAACUGAAUGAACAGUUCUCUCUUAUAAAAAGAUAAUUUUAUGAUGGUAACAUUCCGAUAUUACAUUUCCUUUCAACCAUAAACAAAAAGGGUAAAAAAAAAGAUUUACCUCACGGUUAAUAU